UGCGGGGAUUGGAGACACCUGCGGUAGGUAAACAAUUUCACGAUCCUACGGCAAGGGUCGUAUAACCUGGGGGACUUAGCUCGGUGAGUACAAGUGUAUAAGAACCAUGAGGCACCGCGCUAUUCGGAAUGGUGAACCAGUGAGUCGGGUUACGCAUUUUCCACGUGGUAGUCGUUGUCUCGCCAUAACUAUAUUGACCUCUCACGCGUGGGGGUGAUACAAGUUACCUCAAGAUGGCAAGUCUUCUUUUGUUCAUGGCGACGGCGGUCUCAGCCGCUGCCGUUGUGAGAAGGGACAAUCCGAGUGACAACGCUCUUACUUCAUGCCCCGGUUACAAGGCUUCGAAUGUCGUGAAGACAGCAUCGGGAUUAACUGCUGAUUUAACUCUGGCUGGAGCGGCUUGCAAUGUGUACGGUACGGAUGUGAAGGACCUGACGUUGGAGGUCUCAUAUGACACAGAGAAGCGACUUCAUGUCAAAAUCCAGGAUGCUGCCAACAGUGUCUAUCAGAUUCCCGAAACCGUCUUCACCCGACCUGAAGUCCUAGACGCCAAAGAGGCACAAUCCGCCUUAAAAUUCGACUUCGUCGAAAGCCCGUUCUCCUUUACCGUAUCUCGUUCGGACUCGGGCGAGGUUCUCUUCGACACUUCAGCCGCCAGCCUAGUCUUCGAAUCUCAGUACUUGCGCCUAAGGACAAAGCUACCUGAGAAUCCAAGUCUCUACGGACUUGGCGAGCACUCGGAUCCUUUCAUGUUGAAUACCACUGAUUACAUUAGAACUUUCUGGUCGCAGGACUCCUACGCCGUUCCUGAAGGUGCUAAUCUGUACGGAAAUCAUCCCGUGUACUAUGAACACCGUGAAUCCGGUACACACGGCGUGUUCUUUCUGAACUCAAACGGCAUGGACAUUAUGAUCAACAACACGGCCGAGUCUGGUCAGUAUCUCGAAUACAACACACUCGGUGGUGUUCUCGACUUCUAUUUCGUACCUGGACCGAGCCCGAUUGAAGUUGCGCAGCAGUACGCCGAAAUUGUUGGGACACCUGCAAUGAUGCCCUAUUGGGGAUUUGGCUACCACAAUUGCAGAUAUGGAUACCAGGACGUCUUCGACGUAGCCGAGGUAGUCUACAACUAUAGCCAGGCUGGCAUUCCAUUGGAAACGAUGUGGACCGAUAUUGACUACAUGUACCGACGAAGAGUAUUCUCCCUGGAUCCAGAGAGAUUCCCCUUGCACAAGAUGCGCGAGCUAGUCGACUACCUGCACGCGCAUGACCAACAUUACGUCGUCAUGGUGGAUCCAGCUGUGGCCUACCAGGACUUCCCGACUGCCUUCCAGCGAGGUGUUGACGACAACAUCUUCCUCCUCCGUGGGAACGGCUCAGUGUGGAAGGGUGUCGUCUGGCCUGGUGUGACCGCAUUUCCCGAUUGGUUCUCGGCGAACAUCAGCAACUAUUGGAACAACGAGUUUUCUCUUUUCUUCUCGCCUGAGGAUGGUGUCGAUAUUGACGCACUUUGGAUCGAUAUGAACGAGCCUUCUAACUUCCCUUGCUUCUUCCCCUGUGAUAACCCAGAUGCUUCGGCUGUGGGUUACCCUCCGGAGCCUCCACCAGUAAGGGCCAAUCCUCGAACCCUACCAGGCUUUUCUUGCGAUUUCCAGCCCGAAGGCACUGAUUGCGCAAAGACCGAAGUAAGGUCUCUCGAAAUCCGCGACAGCAUGCCACCGGCAUACUUCAAUCAUCUUGUAGUCCCGCGCCAGACAGAGGAGGGCAAGCAAAUGGGACUCCCCGACCGUGAUCUCCUUUUCCCUAAGUAUGCGAUCCACAACAAAGCCGCCAACGCAGACAGCUGGAAUGCAGCUGAAGGUGGUCUUUCUAACAAGACCGUGAACACCGAUGUAAUCCAUCAGAAUGGACUCACCAUGUACGAUACCCAUAACAUGUACGGCUCUAUGAUGUCUAUCGCAUCCCACGAAGCUAUGCUUCAACGACGACCUACAGUGCGCCCCAUGAUCAUCACGCGUUCGACAUUUGCCGGCGCUGGUACUAAGGUGGGCCAUUGGUUAGGAGACAACUUGUCUUCAUGGAAUCACUACAGGCUCGCGAUCCGAAGUAUGAUGACCUUCGCUUCCGUGUACCAAAUACCGAUGGUCGGUGCAGACACCUGCGGAUUCGGUGACAACUCGACGGAGCAGCUCUGCUCGAGAUGGGCCGCCCUUGGAGCAUUUUCGCCGUUCUAUCGCAACCACAACAGUUUAGACAUGGUCCCCCAGGAAUUCUACCGCUGGAACGUUACAGCGGUAUCUGCGCGCAAGUUCAUUGAUAUCCGCUACCGCCUACUCGACUACAUGUAUACAGCCUUGCAAGCACAAACCGUCGACGGAACACCCAUGGUAAAUCCACUCUUUUACCUAUACCCGCAGGACAAGAACACAUACCCCUUGGAUCUGCAGUACUUCCUCGGCCCGGCAUUACUCGUCGCUCCCGUCACAGAGGAAAACAGCACGAGUGUCGACGUAUACCUACCGGACGAUAUCUUCUACGACUGGUACACACACGAGAAGGUUGUCGGCGAGGGCAAGGCUAUCACGGUCGAAAACCAGGAAUGGACGGAUCUACCCCUAUACCUCCGGGGUGGCGUGAUCGUGCCGGUACGCGCCGAGUCGGCUAAUACGACCACGGCGCUGCGCACCAAGCCCUUCGAGAUUAUAGUUCCCGUAGGAAAGGACGGAAAAGCAAGUGGCCGAUUAUACCUGGACGACGGCGUGAGCAUCGAACAAGCUGGAAUCAGUGAUAUUACUCUCGAGUACGCUGACGGCGUGCUCACCGCCAGCGGUACAUUCGGGUACAAGGCGGAUGAGCUCAGAGUCACCAAGGUUACGUUCUUGGGUGUCGGUGGGAAGAGUGGAUGCAAAAAGCGUGACGCCAAGGACGUGGUUACCGUUGAGGUUGAUAAGCCGCUUACGGAAACGUUUACCGUCGAGGUUGGUAAGGCGUAAGCGUAUGUGAAAAAAAAAGGGGUGUUGACUAUUGGAUAAUGAGAAAUGCGAAACUGCAUGAUGUUAGCUGUAUGCAUAUUGUAUAUUCGUAAUGUAUAUACUUAGAAUAGAUAUGUUCAAAUUACC